CUGAUAUGGAGUAUCGUGUAUAUUCUACCCGAUGGGCUUUUAUAACAAUAACUUCGAUUAAUGUAUUUAGCGUUGUUUUCAUGACGUACUGCUAUGCAGGUAUAAAUGACGUUAUCACGGCUUAUUUCCAAACCACGCCAUUUUUAAUCGACCUUCUCGCGACAUGGGCAAUAUUUAUGACUGCUGUUGGCCUUGUUGUGUUGGCUUUAUUCAAAGAUAGCUUUGGCCUAAGAAAUCAAGUUCUGUCAACGAUUGUCUGCACGAUAAUAGGAUCCAUUGUUGGAGCAAUUGGUUUCAGCAACAGAAAAUGGUUCUAUAUCGUGUUGAGCGGUCAAACAUUCUUCGGAAUUUCUUCUGCAAUUAUCUUUAUCAUUCAAAUUGUACUCCCUGCAAAUUGGUUUCCAGUGCAUGAAACAGCGACGGUCAUUGGUGUGUUUUGGGCGUCAUGGUCUCUGGGACAAGCAGCAGCAGCUGGAAUAUUACCAUUCGUAAUUGGUUCACUGGACGCGACUGAAGCGGAAUUUACGUUUUUGAAAGUUAAAUGGACAUUUCUGAUUGUAAAUGGUGGCAUUGCGUUUCUACAUGUAUUAACAGGCAUAUUGUCCUGGUAUUAUCUGGCAGACCAUCCACCUAGUUCUCCGAGUGCAUCACAGCAAUACAUUCUGGAACGAAAUACCAACCAAAAACCGUCCAUUACUGAAUUGCUAAUUUCCAAUAUCAAACUUAUUUUGAAAAUUCAUCGUAAUCGCGAAUAUAUUCUCAUCACACUAGCCCACUGCCUUUCCACCUCAGUAGUGGUUUUGACAAAAAUAUUGGUCGCAUCUGUUUUCUUGGAUACAUUCAGCAACAUAACUGACGAUGACGUAGCUUGGAUUCGCCUAAUUGGAUUGUUGGCUUCUGCUCCUGCUUCAGUUGUAAUUGGAAAGAUCACCGAUGAGACAAAGAAAUUUAAAGAGCUGACAUUGACAGCUCACAUUUGUUUGACCAUAGCGGGAGCGGGAAUCGUCGUUGGUCAUCGCUACAAAAAUUUUGUUUGUCUUGCCGUCUUAUAUCCAGUUACAAUGGUUUUUGGAAUGUUUUCCAAAGUUACAAUUACUGAACUUAUGAUUGAAACAACAUAUCCAACGAACAAGAUUAUUUUGAUGGCAUCACAAUACUUUGUGAUUGACGUGGGAACUUCCGUGUUCACGUCUAUUACUCGAUAUACUUUACAGACUUUUGGGGUUCUAGCUGCAGUCAGUAUACUCCUUGCUACAUGUGCAAUAUCAGUAUUACUCCUCGUUGCUGUUAGACCGCAUUACAAAAGAUUAAACAUGGAUAUGGCUGAGGAACUAGAAGAUGAAACACAAACACUUUUGCAGGAAGGACAGUAUUGACAUAAAAUAUAAAUUCAAUUCAACAUAAAUUCCACCGGUCUUAAUAUUCUACGGCGAUAAUUCAGGUUUUCUGAAUCACCAUAAUGUAUAACUAACUAUCUUGCAUUGUGAAGAGUUUACUUUUUUUU